AUGGCGGGACAAGACCUGGUCCAACGACUUGCUCAUCCGCAUUACAUUGCAAACGGUCUGCUUUCUCUCCCGCUGCCGCUGCUGCUCAUCUUCGCAACGGACGCCGGCCUCCUGGUGCGCUGCCUGUCCUUCGCGGGACCCAUGCUGCUGGUGGCAUUGGUCUUGCCUAGAGAUGGAAAAAGAGAAGCAGGUAAGAAUAGCAUAGUGCUUUCUAUUCAUCUUCGUAGGCUAAUCUCCCGCACACUCGGUGCCGUUGGAUGUUCCUUCAGAAACGAACACCGAACUAGUCACGUGGAACCUGAGGAUUUUCAACCUCUUUGGCCUCGUGUUCACCCGGAGUUGGUUAGGAUUGGGGUGGAUACAUGUCGGAGCUUAUUUGUUGGCGUGGCUUGGUCAGUCUUUGCUCCCUCCGUCCUUCAUGGGUCCUUGAAGAGCGAUCCUCAUUUUCUCCGAAUCGAACUCCGUUCUGGCAGUCGUCAGCUUCGUCUUCCCUCAACCUCCUUACCUCGGGCCUUCCAAGAUGAUACACUUCGAUACUCAGGUCAGUUCGACGUGACUCGACCCAAAUACUAGAUUGCCACCGAUACACUUCCUUCUUUCCCACAGUACUUCGACGAAGACGUCCUCAUCAUCCCACCCAUGACAAAGUUCUCUUCCUCCGAAACCAAGAUCACCGACGUCUCCUCAGAUCCAACGGUGGACGACUACGGCAAGAGGAGGAAGACGUCGGAUGUUUGGCAUGUGGUGUUGUUCCAUGUAGAUUGGAGUCGCAAGUCGAGGGAGUUGGAGAUGACGUUGGCGAGAAUGUCGAAUCGGUUGAGUCCUCCCGGCUGAAGUAGUUUUGGACCGGUUCCGAAGGUGCUGACAUUAAACCUACGUCGUACUUCUCUAUCAUAGACUCGCAUCAUCCACUUUGAGUUUCGGCCUCGUCACUCCCGAAUCGACCCCUCAAAUCUUCUAUGACCUCGACCUCUCGACCUCAGUCACCUCCUCCUUCCAAGACCUUCCCCUCAUAGCCCUAUACCACCGCGGCAAACUCGUCGAUCGACUACCCAAGAAUGCUCAAAAAAUUGCGCUCGAGCGAAAAGAGAGGAAAAGAGAGAUGAGGAGACAAGGUUGGUCUAGUAAGAGUUUGAGAGAGGGGGAGAGGAAGAGGGAGAGGAAGAAGAGAACUGAGGGAGCGGAUGCUGGGGAUGGGGAUGAGGGUAGUGAGAGUGAUUCGGGGACGGAUGAGAGUGAGGAUGAGAGGGAGGUACAGAUUAUCGCUGCUAGGCAGAGAUACGAAUGGGAUCGGACGCAGGUGAGUGAUGCUAUCUCGCUUUUUGGCGGUCGUCGAUGAAGAGCUGACGAUUUUUGGCCGGGGGGACUUGAGACAGGGGUCGAUCGAGAGGGCGUUUGGGUUGAAUGCCAAAUCUAAGGCUGGGUCCAAGUGUGAGAAGGAGACUUAUUUUAGCCACAUGUUGUAG